GGGAGGAGGAGCACCUUACUCCACACGACCCUCUCAUAACAAACACACAUGUCCAUCUGCAACUUCUCAUAUAAAACCCACUUACAAUCACACACUGUAGGGCUACGCUAACUUGUCUCACAACACAUUUAUCUCUGACUUACAACUGUAUUAACAAGACUAGUUAUAAUUUACUCAAGUGGCACGAUUACAAGAAGAGAAGGCAUGCUACAAGGGAACUAUAUCCCUAGUGCGAACUGAGAUCACCCCCAGUCAACCUAGUUACAAAACUUGGCUCAAGCAUCAUGCCAACUGAAUAAACAGAAUUAACUCACAAGCUGUACGCCACAUCACUGCUGCUGCAGCCAGGGCAUGGAGGGUCUGUUCGAUCAUGUGGGCCAUUUUGGAAGAUUCCAAGCAUACAUAUACUUUGCUUCUGCUUUUCAAGCAAUCUCAUGUGGCAUUCACUAUCUGGCCUCUGUGUUCAUUGCUGUUACACCAAAAUUUUUCUGCAGACCUCCAGGAAAUGCCAGUCGGAUAUUAUUCCAUAAUGACUCUUUCUUUGAGUUCCGUGAAGUUUGGGAUCUGUGGACAUCACCAAAUGAUUAUCUUAUUGUCCAACAAGAAGAUGGGGACAUCUGGGAACUGCAGCAUUGUAGGAGGUUUAAACUUGAAAAUAACGUAGAUCUGAUGUACAAGUCUGAUGAAAAUAAGACUCUCUUUUCCUGUACUGAUGGAUUUCAUUAUGAUCUUACUAAUUUGGAUAGUAGCAUAGUAACGGACUGGGAUUUGGUUUGUGACCACGAAUGGUUUGCUAAAUUAGUUCAACCCACCUUCAUGCUUGGAGUGCUCAUCGGAGCAGUAUUCUUUGGUGACAUUGCAGACAGAGUCGGAAGGCGACCAAUAAUGUGGAUCACAAGUUCAUGCCAGUUUUUAUUUGGUGUUGCUGUGGCAUUUACUUUCGACUAUUACAGCUUUAUCAUUGUUCGUUUUUUCCUGGCUACGGUAUCCAGUGGCUACCUCGUAGUAGUAUUUGUAUAUGUGACAGAAUAUAUAGGGAUCAAAGCUCGCACCUGGGCAUCAAUGCACAUUCAUGCCUUCUUUGCCGUAGGAGUUAUGAUUGUUGCUUUGGUUGGUUACCUAGUGCGCACUUGGUGGAUAUACCAAAUCAUUCUUUCUGUCAUCACCCUACCCUUUCUCAUAUGCUGCUGGAUGCUUCCUGAGACUCCUUUCUGGCUGCAUUCCCAGGGAAAAUACAAAGAGGUUGAAAAAGUAAUAGCCACAAUGGAAAAGUGGAACAGAGUGAAAAGUCCCUGCAAACUCUCUGAGAUCUGUCAUGUAGAGGAAACAAAACAUGAUAAUGCUGAGGAUGUCCAGGUGUCCAAAAAUCAUAAUGUGUUUGACCUGUUUCACAACUGCAGUUUUGCAAGAAGGACCAUUUCUGUUUGGCUCAUCUGGUUUACCGGUAGUUUGGGAUACUACGUAUUUGCUCUAAACUCUGUAAAUCUGGGAGGAAAUGAAUACUUGAAUCUUUUUCUUACAGGUGCUGUGGAAAUUCCCUCUUAUAUAGUUUGUUGUCUGGGCAUGGACAAUCUUGGAAGGAGAAACACAUUGGCUCCAUUUCUUUUACUUAGCACUGUCAUUUGUGGUGUAAUUAUGCUCAUACCUGAGGAACACAGUACUGUAAUUAUCAUUAUGAAUAUGGCUGGGAAGUUCUCAAUUGGUACUGCCUUUGGCCUUAUAUACCUGUACACGGCUGAAUUAUACCCAACAGUUGUAAGGUCCCUGGCUGUUGGCAGUGGGAGUAUGAUGUGUCGACUCGGUAGUGUGGUUGCCCCAUUCUGUGUGUACCUGAAGGAUAUUUGGAUAUUUAUGCCACAGCUACUAGUUGGAAUCAUGGCAUUAAUAACUGGAAUAUUAACCCUUAUGCUCCCAGAAACACUUGGGAAGCCGCUCAUGAACACAAUGGAGGAAGCUGGAAAAAUGUUAAGAAAGACAGAAAAUAAAAGAAAACCAUUAGCAGAAGCAAAUGGGGUUGCCAUGGAAAAACUAGAUUCUGCUACAAUAGAUGCCCCUGAUGUUUAGAAAAGCAACACAUCAAGUCAUUUUAUCUCUUUUAUAGGGAAGCAAAGAAGGCUAAUUCACUGAAAAUCAUGUGGUUUGACUUUGUUGAUAUCAGUGCACAUCAUACAAAUUAUGACCAUCUUGCCGGAGAUAAUGGCCUAUUUUUUUUUUCUUUAUCACAGAUUUAGCCUGGCUAAGCAACCUGUUGACCUCUCAUUUCGCUUAGAGACUCCACAGGCAAUAUCUCCCUGCCAUAGCCCUUGGCUCUGCUCUUGCUUUAGGGUCUAAUGUAAUUUUCUUUAGUGGGGUGUCCCCAUUAAUUUUCCAUAUAAGUUCAGCAAGGAGUGUGGAAGAACCCUGUUACAGCUACAGCAGUUGUUUUUCAUGAGAUACAAGAAAGAUUUUAGUGAUUUAGCAUAUUCCAAAUACUGAAAUAUCAGAUAUCAGUUCUAAUUGGCCAUGAUGCCAGUUUAUAAAAGUUGCCGCUUUUUCGGUCUGGUUAUUGAUCACUCCCUGUUCCAGAUAUAUAUAUAAAAAGUGUUAAAGUGUUACUAAACCCUGGGCCCUGCAGUCACAAUAUCUGGUCUCCCACAGUACACAGAACAUGGAAAAGUAAUUAUCCUAGUAAAUAUAAACUGCUAAAUACCUUUUAUCAUUAGCAGUAUAUAGUAUUUUAAAUUCUAUCGGUGGUUAAAAUUUGUAGGGGGAGUUUUCAUUCUGCGAUGACUGACCUAUGAGGCUGCAUGAGCUCUGAUCCUCUGUCUGGAGAGUGCUGAUUGGCCCUGUGUCAAUCACAUGCACCCCCGCACUAGCAAUACACACCAAAC